GCGCUCGCGCACACUCCGGUUGUCUCUCUGUCUCCUUCUGAGAAGUAGUGAGAAUUUGGCACUCUACUCGGAGCUUUUCUCUGCAAAAUUUUAGUGAUCUGAAAAGUGGGAGUGAGAGAGAGAGGGCCGGGGGGGGGGGGGGGGGGGGAGAGUGACACAAUGAAUCGGCACCACCACGACCCCAAUCCAUUUGACGAGGAGGAGGUCAAUCCCUUUUCGGUAUCUCUCUCUCUGUCUGUCUCCCUUCUAUUCGGAAAGGAGCUGCCGCUCCUGGAUCAAAGCCACGCAUUCCAUCAUUGGGACCUGAAACCUUGGGCUUUGGUCAGAAGCAUGAUGCGACAGUGGACAUACCGUUGGAUACGAUGAAAGACUCUAAAAACAAAGAGAGAGAACUUGCAGCUUGGGAAUCAGAUCUCAAAAGGCGGGAAAAGGAAAUAAGACGGAGAGAAGAUGCUGUUACUAAAGCUGGUGUCCCUAAUGAUGAUAAAAACUGGCCUCCAUUUUUUCCAAUUAUUCAUCAUGAUAUAGCCAAUGAAAUACCGGUCCAUGCUCAAAGGCUACAGUAUCUGGCUUUUGCAAGUUGGCUAGGUAUAGUUCUUUGUCUGGUUUUUAACAUGAUCGCUGUGAUGGUGUGCUGGAUCAGAGGCGGGGGUGUCAAAAUUUUUUUCCUUUCCACAAUCUAUGCUCUACUUGGAUGCCCAAUGUCAUAUGUGCUAUGGUACAGGCCUCUGUAUCGCGCUAUGAGGACAGAUAGUGCUCUGAAAUUUGGUUGGUUUUUCCUAUUCUACUUGAUUCACAUUGGGUUUUGUAUAUUCGCUGCCAUUGCCCCUCCAGUUGUCUUUCAUGGGAAGUCAUUGACGGGAAUCCUUGCUGCAAUUGAUCUCUUCAAUGGUCAUGUAAUGGUUGGGAUAUUUUACUUAGUUGGCUUUGCCUUAUUUUGCUUGGAGUCUCUUCUAAGCUUAUGGGUACUUCAGAAAAUUUACUUGUAUUUCAGGGGGAGUAAAUGAUGGGAUUCUGGGUUUGUGAUCCAUCUUGAAUCAUACUAUACCGUUGCUUCUCAGGGGUGGCUCAGUAUAUUCUUCAUUCUCCUAUUUACAUUGGUUUCUUUGUGAGAGUUGAUUCAAAGAUUGGCAUGUUCAAAUGAUCCCAACAACCCAUAUAUAUAUAUAUAUAUAUAUAUAUGUAUUGAUUCAUUCUAGGACUGCCAGUGGAAUGCCACUUUGGCGAUCUUAUUGAAAUACAGCAUUGAUCCGACACUGAUACGAGUUGUCUUUGUGAUCAUAUCGAUAUUGUGCUUGUUUUCUAUCAA